UCUAUUUCGAAGCCGGAAUAGCAUCUUCACUGAAAAAAAUACUUUCAUCCGUUAUAAGGAAAUAAUGAGGAGUGAGUGUUGUGAAUUAUGGCGUUUUCUCUGUUUCGGAAUUUUUGGGGAGCCUCAGUCGGGUUACUUUCCUGCACGUUUUGUGCUUUCAUUUCUACUUUUCUGGGCGAUGGUUUUAGAGUAUGCCCACAGGGUAUGUUUAAGUGUGACCAUUGUUGCAAUGGUCAACCAAUCUGCAUUUGACCUUCCCAACAGCACGUUGGACACAGAUGAUACGUGUGGAUUACCUGAUAACGUUAAUGCUACAUCACCAGAAGAACAGGGUGACUACAUCUGGAGUCCAUCUAUACAAGGUGUCAUUUUGGGAGCUUACUUUUAUGGAUAUGUUUGUACGCAAGCAGUUGGUGGCAGACUCUCUGAAAUGGCCGGUGGCAAAUGGCCACUUGGACUCUCCAUCUUGCUGGCUUCACUACUCACUCUUGUUACUCCAGUUGCCGCUGAUAUAGGAGUCCUCGCUAUUAUAUUCCUUCGCCUUGUAAUGGGACUUGUGCAUGGUAUUUGUUUGCCAACUGCUUUUGCCAUGUUCGCUCUGUGGGCACCACUUGAAGAACGAAGCACUCUCAUAUCACUUUGUGUAAUGGGAGAUCAUGUAGGAACAAUACUAUCUAUGCCGCUUGCUGGAUAUUUGUGCGAAAAUGGCUUUUCGGGAGGAUGGCCUUCCGUGUAUUACAUCCUUGGUAUACUUGGUUGUGUUUGGUUCAUAUUUUGGACCUGCUUAGCUUAUAGCACACCGUCAGAUCAUCCACGGAUAUCAAAAAGAGAACUAGAGUACAUUGGAAGAGGUAAUAUUCAGAUGAACAUUGAUCAAAAGUUACCUAUUCCUUGGCAAGACAUUAUGAGCAGCUUACCAGUUUGGACUUUAACGUUUUGUAUAUUCACCUCAUCUUGGGGCUUCACAACGUUGUUAACAAAGUUACCUACUUAUUUGGAAGUAGUCCUGCAUAUACCUAUUCAAAAAAAUGGGCUUGUAAAUUCUUUAAUAUAUGUGUGUGCCUGCAUUACAUUAUUCAUUACUGGAUAUGCUUCCGAUUAUUUAAGAACGAAGAAACAUUAUUCAGCAACAAAAGUGAGAAAGAGUUUUCAACUAUUUGGAAUGAUGGGUCCAGCAAUGUGUAUGGCUUUGAUACCUUUAAUGGGGUGUAACAAAGGAAUGGUCAUACUCCUCUUGACUGCUGCUAUGGGCUUUCAAGGGUUUGCUGGUGGUGGUUAUAUGUCUAUUACAGCUGACAUGGCUCCUCACCACUCUGCAACUCUUUUUGGUAUUGUGAAUGGUAUUGGUUGCACAGCCGGUAUAUUUUCUCCUAUGGUCGCAGGCCUCCUUUUGGAGGAAGCACACUCAAGUAUUCAUCAAUGGGGCAUUGUCUUUUACAUAUCAUCUGGACUCUACGUUGUCGGUGGAAUCGCCUUCCUCUUAUUUGCAUCAGCAGAGAGACAACCUUGGGCAUAUGUACCUGUGACUGACGACUUUUCGAAUACGAAAUACAUCAAAAUUAAACAGGACCUAGAAAACAGCAGCAAAUAUGGCACGCUUUCUUGAUCAGAAUAACAGUUAUUAAAUGGGAUAUCUAUCUUGAUCUAGAAAACAACAUUAUAUAUGUCCAUCUAGAUCUGAACGACAACAUUAAAUAUGCAACCAUAUAUUGUGAUAUGGACAGCAUUAGAAGUGGUGCUUGUCUUGGUCUUUCAAAACAACAGUGAAAAAUAUGAAACCUUAUCCUGAUCCAUACCUUAAUCUGAACAACAGCAUUAAAUAUGGUACCCUUCUUGGUCUGGACAACAGGGUUAGAUUGAAACCUUAUCUUGAUCCAUAUCUUGGUCAGACAACUGCCUUAAAUAUGACGUCAUACCUUCGGCAGGAAUUUCAGGAUAAAUAUGGCGCCUAGUUUGUUCAAAACUGCGUCUUAAUUAUGAAACUUUAUCCUGAUCACUUAUUGAUUUUGACAUCCACACUAAAUAUGGCGCCAUAAAUUGAUCUAGGCAGCGUUAAAUAUGCUGCAUAUUUCAUUCUAGACAAUAACACUACAUGCAAAUGAGAAGUCUUAUCUUGAUCUGGAAAACAGCAUUAAAUAUGGUGCCAUACAUUGAUCUCUACAACAUCAUGAAAUAAGGCACCAUUCCUUGAUUAUUUUGACACAUAUUUUAAUUUUUUUAGAGCUUAAUUCAUGACUUUUAAUGAAAUUAAUCACGAACUCUGUUAAUUCAUUAUUAAUAUUUUCCCUCAUCUUCAGUUACAGUAAAUCGAUCUUAUUUUACAAUGUAUAUAUUAGUGUGUAUAUAGCUUGUAUAUUUUUCAUAUCUUUUAUUUAUUAAAUUGUUUUACU